CAGGGCCAAAAAAACUUUCCAAUGUAUUCAUCAUCAUCGGGGUGGUUGGUUUUUUUUUCCCCUGUCCUAUCCUCUUCUCCAGACCACUUAUCUCUGCCCCCUCCUCUCUCCGCGCACCAGCGCAGCCUUCCCCCGAUCUGCCCCUUUAAGACAGACGCGCAGCGCUCCGGCCCCUCCGCGCAGUGCCCCUCCGAGCGGACAGUGCCCGCGGACCCGGGUGCCAUCCCCGAUCGAGGUGCCGCUGGGAGCGCUCCCGAGGGACCGACCACCGCCACGCCGGGGGAACCGAGGGACCCGCGGACAGCCGAGAACAGCAGGACGCCGGAACGCAGCCGCGCAACACACGCGGAGGAAUGCGGGCGGGCAGCGGUCGGGGUGUCCCGCACGGAUUUUCCAGGCGCAGCGCGCUGUGCUGGAGGCAGCACGCGGGUGGACGUCGGAUCUCCCCCCCCACCCAGUUCCCAGGGCGGCCCUUCUCGAGGUGAAGGCGCGGAGCCGCCGCGGUCCCUCUCCGGGGGCUCGCGGCCCCCACACCCCAAAAGAUUUGUCCUUAGUUAAAGCUCUCUGGGGGGUGAGGGGGGUAGGGUUAGGUGGGUGAGCAAACCGAACCCCGACGGCACUUCAUGCGCUGCCCGCCGGGCGGCCCCCGCCCCGCGGCUGUAGCGGGCUUCCCCGAACCCACCCCCCUCAGAUCGGGCCGCACCGGAGCCUUUGCACGCUCUCCCCGCGCUGACGCUGGCUGUAUAAUUAUUAGCUAUUAAUUGAGUUCAAGACCUUUUAUGGCUAUGGGAAAUGAGGAGUCCGACCACUAAUCCCGAGAAGGGUCUGCGCGCAGCCAAAAGCUAUGAAAAAGCCAUCCAGGGCUGGCUGGGCCCGGCCUGACACAGUGCCCCUGGGGGCGGGGGGGGUGGAAGCAUUAACGGAGGAAGAAAAAAAAAAUCAUUAGGUGAAAAUUAUAGAAACUUUAAACCGCCGGAUUGUAUUUACGAGGUCCCCUCGGGGGCCGCCGCUCGGACGCGGGGGGUCCCUGGGUGGGGGUCCCCUGGUAGGGGUCCAUCCGGCAGCGCCGGGCAGUGCCCCGCUCCGAGGGACGCAGCCUUAUCUUGCCGAGCUGCCACCUUCCAAUUAAAACGCCCCGCGUUGCCAAAAGGCUGAUUUGCAUGCAAGGAGCUCUGUUCAAAGAUGCUAACGCAUUGUCUCCCUCUUAGAACUUAACAUUUCUCUCUUCAGUCCCCACUUGAAAGAAGUUUUAGAACAGUAUUCAAAGACUGUCCAAACGAACAAAACCUUCCUCUUUGCUCGGGAGAGAAAUCCGGUGUAUUCAACACGAGGGCAUAUUCUCAGAAGUUUGCACAUUUUGUUUUCCAGGCUGUAUUGUCGGUGCCUUUUUCCUGCAAGCUUUAUUUUUUUUUUUCAGAGCGCGACUCA